AUGCAGAUAAUGGCUUUCAAUAUCCUGCAUUUCUUUGUGCUGUGUGUGUUUAUACCAACAAUGUUGUGUGCCGUGAUGCGUGUGAAGAGAUCUUGUGCGGAAGUGAAGGGUUGUCUUCGACAGUUUCCGAUGAUAGUGGACCUGGUGGAGAAGGACAAGGCUGGGGCACUGGUAACCUUGACAUACGAAGUACUUCUCAACGACGUCUGCAGCAAACAAGAAGAGCUUAAAACCUGCUUGGCUCAGACUACAUGCUCAGUGUUUGAACAGUCCUACACUGGUCGAGCAACUCGGGAUGUCCUCUCUUAUAUUUGUGGUGCGGGCAGAGAAGCUCUGCUGUCUGAAGCCAGCUGUUUCUCCAGGGAUGACUUUGAGUUAGGCAUCUACCAAUGCUCCAAGGCCAUGAAACUGGAGACAGACAUUGCUGCUCUACAGAUUCAGACUGGAAUAGGUGACAGUACCAGCUUUUGCUCAGUGUUUGACAGCUUGCUCAAGUGUGUCCAGUUAAACGUCCAGAGAUCAUGCUCCCAUAGAGCUGCAGACUUUGCAAGUUCCGUGUACGGUCAUACAAUCAAAGCUCUGGCAAAACAUAUCGGCUGUACUUUCAACUUCAAGUCUUAG